AUGUUAGAUGCGUUUGCAAAAAUCGUAGCUCAAGCUGAUGCUCGAGGUGAAUUCUUAAGUAAUACACAAUUAGAUGCUUUAGUGGCAAUGGUUGCAGAAGGUAAUAAAAGAUUAGAUGUAGUAAAUAAAAUUAAUUCAAAUGCCUCAGCUAUUGUAACUAAUUCUGCACGUGCUUUAUUUGCAGAACAACCACAAUUAGUUCAACCUGGAGGAAAUGCUUAUACAAGUAGAAGAAUGGCUGCAUGCUUGAGAGACAUGGAAAUCGUCUUAAGAUAUGUAAGCUAUGCUAUGAUUGCUGGAGAUUCUAGUGUUUUAGAUGAUAGAUGCUUAAAUGGUUUAAGAGAAACUUAUCAAGCAUUAGGCACACCAGGAACUUCUGUAGCAGUAGCUGUACAAAAAAUGAAAGAAGCUUCAAUUGCAUUAGCUAAUGACUUAAAUGGAGUACCUUUAGGAGACUGUAGUUCAUUAACUGCUGAAUUAGUUGUAUAUUUUGACCGUGCUGCAGUUGCAGUCGUAUAA